UACGUGAGUAAGAAAUGACCAAAGUUGUAAAGCGACUUAUUAAAUCAGUCUUUUGAAAGACGCGACGUUGAGCGAGCUGUUCCGCAAGAAUGUCUUCAUCUGUGAAGAUUACAUCUCAACUUUCACUACUUGGAGUCGUGCUGUUAAUUGCGAUAUAUCAUUCUGUGAUAAUUUCUAAACACGCCAACAACGAGAAAGAAAGUGUUAGCAAGUCGCAAGUAUUUCGAUAUCGGCGAGCGAUUCAGUCUGCUACACAUUAUUGCAGAUCGAAUCAGUAUUACGAUCAGAAAGAAGGAAGAUGCUUAGGUGUGCCGGGAGGAGGUAAAGUGCUUCACGUUGAAAACGGACGAUCAUGUGGCAACAACAUUCUGAAACCACAUUGCGAGAGUCCCUUGUAUUAUCACAUCUGCAAAAAGGACAAAUCGAUUCUGGCGCAAUGUUCGAGCAAACAGAUCUUUGACAAUCGUCUUCAACGAUGCGUCCAGUACGACACGAUCACAUUAACUCCCAGUACUAUUAACCCGCAUAAUCAGCACCAGUAUGAUCACGUGCAGGUUCCGAAUUGCACAAAACCCGGUCGAUUUCCCGUGCCCGGCUAUUGCUUCAUGUUUUACUCGUGUGAAUCGAAUGGACAUCGGCUCUACCAGAGCGUCUUCAAAUGUCCGCAAAAUACGGGAUAUCAAGUAGACAAAGAAAUCUGCGCUGUUUUAUCCGAUUGCAAAAAUGAUGACUCAGUGGACUCGAAAAUUUGCGUUUCAGAUGCACCGGAAGAAAUUGUGGAGUUGCGAAAUUUCGGUGGAGCUACGGAACAAACUGUCGAAUCAACUUCCGAAAGAGUCGCAGAAACUGCAACCGAGUCUCUUGUAAAAAGAGCGAAUAAUGAUGAUCGGACGGAGAUGAAAGUGAGUUCAAGUACUGAAACUGGUGAUUCGUAUUUGACAUCGACGGUGAGUAAUGGUCCAGAAUUCUUUUCAAUCAACGACGCGUCGACGCAUCAGGAUGAAGAAACACAGAACACAACCACCGAACAGUACAAAACUAAUGAUGACGUAACAGAAACUGUACAGAACUCAAGGACUGAAGCUAUCGACCCAUAUUUGACAUCGACAGCAAGUAAUAUACUAAAAUCCUUUUCGAUCAAUGACGCGUCAACGCGGUUGAAUGAAGAAAUACAGAACACAACCACCGAAUAUCACGAUAUCAAUGAUGACGUAACGGAAACUGUACAGAACUCAAGUACUGAAGUUGUUGACCCAUAUUUGGCCUCGACAGUAAGUGAUAUACCAGAGUCCUCUUUGAUCAAUGACGCGUCAACACAAUCAGACGAAGAAAUACAGAAUACAACCACUGAGCAAUACAAAACUGAUGAUGACAUAACAGAAACUAUACAGAAUUCAAGUCCUGAAACUAUUGAUCCAUAUUUGACAUCAACCACAAGUGAUGUACUAAAAUCUUUUUCGUUCAAUGACGCGUCAACACAAUCAGACGAAGAAAUGCAGAAUACAACCACCGAACAAUAUAAAACUGACGAUGACACAACAGAAAGUAUACAGAAUUCAAGUUCUGAAACUAUUGAUCCAUAUUUAACAUCGACAGCAAGUGAUAUACCAAAAUCCUUUCCGAUCAAUGACGCGUCAACGCAGUUGAAUGAAGAAAUACAGAACACAACCACCGAAUAUUACAAAAUCGAUGAUGACGUAACGGAAACUGUGCAGAAUUCAAGCACUGAAGCUGUUGAUCCACACUCGACAGUAAGCGAUGUGCCAGAAUCUUUCUCUAAUACGUCACCGCAGUUGGAAGAAACACGAAGUGCAAUCACAGAACAGUAUGAAGAUGACAACAGAACAGCAACAUUAUCGAAUUUUACCCCUGAAAUGACUGAUCAAGGUCCAACGUCAGAAAUAAAUGACGUAUCAGCGACCACGAGCAAUCCGUACAGUAACGCCUUCGAUACAUCUACGUCAGUAUCUGAUACAAUGGUAUCGCAAAAAACCGUCGAUAUUUAUGAACAUACUACGGAAGAAUUAUCGGAAACUACUCCUUCAAUAGAGAGUAAAUCUGCUGACACCGACUUGCACGAGACUGGAGAAAUUACCACACAACAUUCACGCGAAAAUACUGAUGAUGAUGCAGAAUUAUCGACCACAAUUGCCGCUUUUAUUCUGAGACAUACAACCACACCAAUGGACAGUACAACUGUGACACCUAUUGUACAAAAUAUACCUGCAGUUUCAGAAAAAACUGAUUUGGUAACGCAAAACAGCUCGGAAGGACUGCCUGAGUAAUUAUUGAUUAAAAAACUAAAC